UUGCCGCUAUUUCAACGCAUGUUUUUGGGGAACUUCCACGAAGAUGCAUUUGGUGUAUUCUACAAUACCCAAUGAAUGUACAAUAGAAGUUUGUUUUAAUAUUCUAUUAUUUGCUCCGAGUCAUAUGCAUGCGUAGAAAUACGUACCAGUUUAAGAAGUAUUUUUUUCAGAAAAUUAUUUUGCAUACAUCUGAGAACAUUAUAAAACUAACAACGCAAACCCAAAUGAGCAUUUGCAUUUGUAAAUGAAAAGACUUGAAGAAAGACCCGAAAAAGCGCUGCGAGGGAAACAAUGCAAUAAGCACGGCAAUAACUAAACCCAUUAGGAUUCAUGCAACAGCCUCAAUAACUUGAUCCAGGAGUGCCCAGUCUGAAGUAACAUGUACAAUUCGAGUGGAUCAUAUACUUCGCCGCAAAAUGAUGUUCUGUCUGAAAGAGCUCCCCCAUCCAGGCAACUUCGUGACAAAAUUCCAGCGCGCUUGGUGCUUUAUUUUCUGUCGUGGUCUGGCUUUCUGGUCUCUUUUAUGAUGCGCAAUGAUAUGAAUUUUGCAUUGGUAGCAAUGAUGUCGAACGACAAUUCAACACAAAAGCAAUCUGUUAACGAAUCGCAGCAAAUUCUGGGUAGUGGCACUGAUGACCAAAGAACAAUAGUAAAAUCUGUUAUAAUAAGUUCUUUCUAUUGGUGCUAUGUGUUAUCCCAGGUGGUUGGAGGGGUUGCCACAGAAUUGUUUGGAACCAAGUGCGUAUUUGGAUGGUCACAGUUAGCAACAGCUCUAUGUAGUUUUAUGAUGCCGUCAGCCGGGCAAUUACAUUACAUAGCUGUCAUUGUGUUACGGUCUAUUCAGGGAUUUGCCUCUGGUUUGACGUGGCCUGCCAUGUAUGCAAUAGUUGGAUAUUGGAUACCCCUUACGGAACGUUCACGAUUUAUGUCAAGUUUUCAAGGUUUUAGCAUUGGUAUUGGUUUAACGUAUCCGCUGUGUGGAUUUAUUUUAUCAGAAUGGGGUUGGCCAUAUAUUUUUUAUACUACUGGUACUUUAGGGCUUGGAUGGUGUAUACUAUGGUAUUUACUUGCUUUUAAUACACCACGCGAGCACCCUCGUAUUGCUGAAGAUGAAUUAAAUUAUAUAGAACUUAACGUAAGAAACGAAGUAAACAGCAAUGUCAAAAUUAAAGUACCUUGGCUGCAAAUAUUUAAAUCCAUACCUGCUUGGGCAAUUGCUGUAACAACUUUUGGUCGAAUAUUUGUUCAUUACAUUUUUAUUGUUAAUGGUCCGACAUUUAUGGGAAGUGUUUUAAAAUUUAAUUUUGAAACAAAUGGUUUUCUUUCUGGAGUUCCAUUUAUUUGCUCAUACAUAUCAUCAGUUUUUUUUUGUUAUAUUGCCGACAAAAUUGUAUUGUAUAAGGUUUUAAAUCUUACUAAUGUAAGAAAAGUAUUUACUGCUCUAUCACAAAUUAUUCCAGGGGUGUUAAUAUACUGUAUCGGUUAUAUAGACAAUGUGUAUAUUUUGUUAACGGUAUGGUUUAUAGCGGUGAUAUUUAUUACUGCAUCUUAUGCUGGAGCUAUGGCCAAUAUAAUUGACUUAGCGCCAAAUCAUGGUCAUUCCGCAGCUGUUUUAGCAUUUUGCCAAACAAUUCAUAUGUCUGCGUCUUUUAUAUCGCCGCUGACGGCUGGAUUUAUCGUCACCCAAGAGGACUCUAUUGAGCAAUGGCGAAGAGUGUUUGAGGUGUCCGCAAUUAUUUCAAUACUGACUUAUCUAAUCUAUCAACUUUUCGGGACCGCAGAAAUACAGACGUGGAAUAAAGGGCUACCAGUUGAUGAUGAUGAUUCAGAUGAAGGAAAGGUUUUAUCGACAGCAAAGGAUAAUUUCGAUAAUACUGUUGGACCAAUUUAAAAAUACCGCACUUAGAAUAAUGAACUGUUUAUACAAGAUUUGAUAUACUGUUAUAUGUUCGCUGUUAUAGGAAUAAAAUAUCACAAAUAUUUUA